ACCUACCACAACCUACCUUCCUCUGCGUUAAUCUUCCUUGUAGUGAUUUUAGCGAGUGCCUCGAGCAUAGUGGUUGGUAUAAAACGAAACUACAUACACACGUAUAUUAUAUAUGUAUUUGAACGAAAACCUCCGGAGAUCCAGAAUUUUAUUUAUAAUUCCACAUUAAUUUCUCGAUUUUAAAGAACAAAAUAUUAUAAUUUAUUAUGAGCUGCUUAGAAGAAACCUUUCGUCUAUCGACUGGCUUCGUCAUGCCUUACGUUGGAAUCGGGACUUACAAGAUUCAAGGGAGAGAUAUAAUAUACGAAGUGAUUGACGAAAGUUUGAAAGUAGGAUUUCGUUCUAUUGACACAGCUGUCGUCUACCACAACGAAGAAGAUAUUGGCAAUGCGUUGAAAACUUUAUUACCGAAGUAUAAUCUGCAGAGGAACGAUAUUUUUAUUACAACCAAACUUGCGCCAAGUGAAAACGGAAAUCCAGUUGGAAUAGAAAGGUCUGUGCAAAAAUCUCUUAAAGCACUUAACACCACAUACCUUGACCUGUAUUUGAUUCACUGGCCUGGUGCAUCUGGUAUACCAGAGAAUUCACCAAAGAAUCCAGACCUCAGGGCAAAGACUUGGUACAAAUUGGUAGACUUGAAGGAAAGAGGUUUAAUAAGAUCAAUAGGUGUAUCUAAUUACACAAUUAACCAUCUACAAGAAUUGUUACAAGAUUGCAAGGGUGUGACACCAGCUGUUAAUCAAGUUGAAUUGCAUCCACAUUACAGGCAAGAGGAGUUGAUUAAGUAUUGCGAUGAGAAAGGGAUUCAUGUACAAGCAUACUCUUCUUUAGGCACUAGCAAACGAAUCAAUCUUUUAUCUGAUCCGACUGUAAUAAAAAUCGCUUCUGAGCUUAAUGUCUCACCGGCACGCGUAUUAUUAAAAUGGGCGUUACAACAAAAAAUCGGUAUCAUUCCGAAAGCUGUACAGAAGGAACAUAUAAGAGACAAUGCACAGUUAGAUUUUUCUAUCAAUGAAGAACAUAUGAAUAUGCUGUCUUCUCUACCUCAGCAGAAAUAUGUUUGGGAUCCUUCCAAUGUCUGCUAAAUAAACUUGUAACACAGAUA